GCAAAGGUCUCAGGUCACCUUGCAACUCGAUGCCAUCCACAGGCACGGUGAAGUCAUUCAACCCUACGAAGGGAUGGGGCUUCAUCGACUGCUGUGGAGUUGAUGUCUUUGUCCAUGUGAAGUACUGCAUUGGCGGACAACCAGCUGUUGGUGACGAAGUCACCUUUGACAUCGAGAAAAAUCCCAAGUGCCCAGAGCAGCCACAAGCGAAGAAUGUGCGAGGAUGUAGCGCACAAAGGGCUGAUGAGGUCAACAAACAGUUGAUUGCUGACAUGCUUGGUAUGGGCGACAAGCCUGAAGAUGACAUGCCCAAAGGAGCAUUCGAGGGGAUUGUCAGAGCCUACAACCCUGCGAAAGGUUUUGGCUUCAUCGAGCCUGCCAUGUAUCGUCAACCUGUGUUGCUUAGAGCUGUGGAUUGUCAACGAGAACCCAAAGUUGGGGACAAGGUGAACUUCGAUGUUGAGCCCGUGAAGCUGGAGGAUGGCACCGUUCAGCUGAAGGCAAUCAAUGUGACCAGUGAACGCCCUGGUGAAGAGCUGGGCGCUGAUGGGAAGGGCUAUGGACCUGUCCUGGAGCGCAAGAAGGGCUGCGGCAGAAAAGGCUCGCAGGAUACCGUCAAGUCAACCAGCCGAAUCCGUGGUGUGGUACACUCUUGGAUUACCGAACGCGGCUGGGGCUUUGCCACCAUCCCAGGAUGUACAGACAUCUUCGUGCACUCACACCACUGCGUUGGAGGAUUUAUUCCAACGCCUGGUGAUGUGCUGGAGUUCGAACUGGAGAAGGGAAAGAAGAAAGAUGGAACAAUCAAUUUCACUGCGAUUAACGUGACGCUGGCUACACCACAUGUCCCAGCGAUGGGUCCCAAACCUGCAGAAAAUAUUGUCCCCUUGGGCAUCAAAAGGAUGAUGUGCAAGGUGAGACACGGCGAUCCAACUGCUUUUGGAGAAUAGCGCCCGCAAAA